GCGGGGGGGACGUCGAGACGUCCCGAGCGAGGGAGGCGCCGACACCUCUUGGCGCGCGGCAGUGACGUUUGCGGCACCGCGAUGCCGGCUCAGAUGGAGGAUCGGAAGAUGCUGGUCCUCUUUGGCAGCCAGACAGGGACGGCUCAAGAUGCGGCUGAAAGGGUCGGCCGGGAGGCCAAGCGGCAUCACUUCCGGUGCAAAGUGGAGGCCCUGGAUGACUACAGUGUGGCUUCCCUCAUCCAUGAACCCUUGGUGGUGUUUGUCUGUGCAACAACGGGACAAGGAGACCCUCCUGAUAACAUGAAGAAUUUCUGGCGGUUCAUCUUCCGGAAGAACCUGCCUCCUGGUUCCCUUUGUCAGAUGGAUUACGCUGUUUUGGGGCUUGGAGAUUCCUCAUAUCCCAAGUUCAACUUCGUGGCCAAGAAGCUGCACAAGCGGCUGCUGCAACUGGGGGGCCAUCCCUUGACCCCCAUUGCCCUAGGAGACGACCGCCAUGACCUCGGCCCGGAUGCAGUGAUUGACCCCUGGCUGCUGGACUUGUGGGGCAAGGUUCUGGCGCUGCACCCCUUACCUCCCGGUCUCCAAAUAAUCAGCCCGGAAACCAUUUUGCCACCCAAAUUCACCUUCCAGUUUCUGGACGAAGAUGGCAGCACCCCUUGCGAGGAGGAGCAGCAACCCCUUCGGGACCACCCUUCAGAGCUGUGCCCUUUUGCUGCCCGGAUGGUGUCCAAUCAGCGCGUGACGUCUGAAUCGCAUUUCCAAGAUGUCCGCCUCAUUGAGUUUGACAUCACCGGCUCUGGAAUUGAGUACGCUGCGGGCGACGUGGUCAUGAUCCAGCCCCGCAAUCCUCCCGAGGAGGUGCUGCUCUUCUGUCGCCUCCUGCGUUUGGAUCCGGAGAGGCGCUUUGCCCUGAGGCCGACUGAACCAGAUGCUUCGCUCCCGGCCCAGCUGCCCCAGCCCUGCUCCGUCCAUCACCUGGUGACCCAUUACCUGGACAUCACCUGUGUCCCCCGGCGCUCCUUCUUCGAACUCCUCUCCCAUUUCUCCACGGACGACUUGGAGCGAGAGAAGCUGCAGGAAUUCAGCUCCGCUCAGGGCCAGGAGGACCUCUAUGCUUACUGCAACCGCCCACGUAGGACCACCUUGGAGGUCCUCAGCGACUUCCCCCACACGACGUGUGCCAUCCCCUGCGACUAUCUCUUUGACCUCAUUCCACGGAUCAGGCCCCGGGCCUUCUCCAUCGCGUCCUCAAUGCUGGUCCAUCCUAACCGCCUGGAGAUCCUCUUGGCCGUGGUCCAGUACAAGACCUUCCUCAGCCGGCCCCGGCGCGGCCUCUGCUCCACCUGGCUGGCCUCCCUUGACCCCAAGAACGGGUCCGUCCGGGUUCCUCUCUGGGUGAAGAAAGGAGGGAUGAAGUUCCCCAAAGACCCCGAGACCCCUGUGAUCCUGAUUGGGCCUGGCACCGGAGUGGCGCCUUUCCGAGCCGCCGUCCAGGAGAGAGUGGCCCAAGGCAAACAAGGAAACUGUCUGUUCUUCGGCUGCCGCCAGAGAAGCAAGGAUUUCUUCUGCCGGGAGGAAUGGGAGGCACUGGUGGAGCGGGGCUCCCUGGUGCUCUUUGUGGCCUUCUCCCGGGAUCAGGAGGAGAAGGUCUACGUCCAGCACCGCCUCCGGGAAAACAAGGCCCUCGUGUGGGACCUGGUGAAGCAUCAAGGCGGCCAUGUUUACCUGGCUGGGAAUGCCAAGCAGAUGCCAGAGGGUGUGACCGAAGCCUUGGUGUCCAUCUUCCAGUCGGAAGGAGGCCUCUCUGCUUUGGAAGCCGAGGAGUACUUCCGGAGCAUGGAACGCGAGGGCCGCUUCCAGGCCGAGACCUGGUCUUGAAUGGAUGCUGCGGAGACUGAGGUCAGGACCAAUAAAUCUAGACUGGUGCCAUUGGUCUUGCUA